AUGAGCGCUUUCGAUGAGGACGCCGUGAAUCCUUUCUCAACUCUAGGUAGCGUUCCACCUGCUAUAUCAAGGCUUUCACCCCUUCCUCCUGAAUCGUAUGAACGUGGUGCACCAAUAGAUAUUCCUCUUGAUACUUCUGCCAAGAGUUUAAAAGAAAAGGAGAAGGAACUUCGAGAAAAAGAGGCUGAACUGCAAAGCCUAGAAGAGGAUCUGAGAAGGAAGGAGGAAGCACUUGCCCGAUCUGGAGUAGAAAUAGAGGAGAAAAAUUGGCCGCCAUUCUUUCCUAUUAUUCAUCACGACAUUGCAAAGGAAAUACCCAUCCACCUGCAACAUAUGCAAUAUGUUGCUUUCACGACAUUGCUAGGUUUGCUUCUGUGCCUUACAUGGAAUGUAAUAGCUGUUACUACAGCCUGGAUCGAAGGACAAGGUCCAAUAAUUUGGUUACUUGCCAUCAUUUAUUUGAUAACUGGGGUUCCCGGAGCCUACUAUGAGUGGUAUUGGCCUCUAUAUCGUGCCAUGAGGACUGAUAGUUCAUUCAAUUUCGGAUGGUUUUUCUUGUUUUACUCGUUCCAUGUCGCCUUUUGUGUCUUUUCUGCAGUUGCUCCUCCAUUUUUUUUCAGGUGGAACUCUUUAACGGGCAUUAUGCCUGCAAUAAGCCUUUUCAGAUAUAGUGCAUCAGCUGGGAUAUUCUACUUCAUCGGUUUCGCAUUCUUUUGCCUCGAAUCGCUACUUAGUAUCUGGUUAUUCAGGUUCGUUUUAAUGUACUUCCGUCGUAGUGGUAAAGCCGCGGAAAUAAAGCGCGAGGCUGCAAAGAAAGCCGUCGCGGCAUCGCUAUGA